AUGAAAUUAUCCAGUACACUCCAGCUGUUUUGUCUCGCUGGCUUCGCUCUUUCCCAUCCUAACGUUCUCGGAAAGACAGACGAUAUUCCCGAUGGUGCAUUUCCAAGUCCUGCAUCUUCCUCAGCCAGCCUUUCUCCGGUCCCAACAUCCACGACAUCCACGCCAGCACCCACCGAUGCCCGUCUCGGCCGUGCCAUCAUAGUCAAUCAUUGUGAAGCCCCCACUUACAUCUGGUCUGUCGGCACAGUCAUCCGGGAUCCAGUGACCCUUCUCCCCGGCAGCCGCUAUGGCGAAACCUUCCGUCAGGACCACAAGGCUGGGGGUAUUGCAAUAAAGAUCAGCACUGAGGAGGGUGGACUUUAUAAUAGCGCACCGCUGACGAUAUUUGCCUACAACGUCAACGGUCAAAAUGUGUGGUAUGAUUUGUCAGAUGUCUUUGGAGACCCCUUUAACGGCCACCCUGUUGUGCUGUCGCCAGCCGAUCCGCCCAUUUCCUGGGCGAAUGGAAUCCAGCCAUCUGGAAGUCAAGUCCGCGUACGAGAUUUGUCGGAGGAUUUGACCUUGACUUUAUGUUGA